CAACUGUAAGAGUCCCUAGCAGCAGUGGCUGCUGAGAUGUACGAACUUCCGGUUCGCCGCCGCCGCCGCGGCAGGCACUGCUGUCUCUUGCCACCUGCCGUCCUAGGCAGUAGCUCAGGAUCCGGCCGCCACUUUUCCUAGCGCGCCCAUGGUCUCUCGUGGAGCCAGGGUGGCGGGCCAGGCGGCUGCGACGUGGUGAGAGGACGGCCUGGGGACUAUGCCUGCCGGGCACUGCCGCUGCUGCCUCGGACGCCUCCUGCCCUCCGUGCUGCUCCUGCUGCUGCCCGCACUGGGCGGGCCCACGCCCGUGCUGCGGGCCGCCGAGGCCGCGCCGGGCCCCGGGCCUCCAGACUCUGGCCCGCGGACCCUGCCGCCGCUGUCCCCGGGUCCCACCGCGGCGCAGUCGCCGGGCCAGGCUCCGGCCGAAGUCGCAGGACUUCAUGGCUCAGAGGGCAAUGGCAAUGGCAGCAGCCCCGGGGCGGGGCUCGCAGCGGACGAUCUCGGGGGCAAGGCUGGGGAAGCCUCCGUCGGGGGCGGCCUGGCUGUGAGCCCCAGCCCUGGCGACAAACCCAUGACACAGCGAGCCCUGUCCGUGUUGAUGGUGGUGAGCGCCGCGGUGCUGGUGUACUUCGUGGUCAGGACGGUCAGGAUGAGAAGGAAAAACCGAAAGACGAGGAGGUAUGGUGUUUUGGACACUAACAUAGAGAACAUGGAAUUGACACCUUUGGAACAAGAUGAUGAGGAUGAUGAUAACACUUUGUUUGAUGCCAGUCAUCCUAGAAGAUAAGAAUGUGCCUUUUGAUGAACAGACUUCAUCUUUCUACCAUGAAGAGCAGAGUUUCUAUGUUUAAGGAAUAAGAAGCCACUAUAUCAAUGGGGGAGGGGUAUUUAAGUCAUAUACAUUAUGACCUUUAAUUUUGUAUUGCUGCAAUAAAUGCCACAGUUUGUUAUUUUUUUGUAUGUGUGUACAGAAAUGCUCUAUUAAUGGACUUAAUGUUAGGGAUAAACUGUAUUGUAAUAGUUUAUUUGAAAUUUUUCUUUAAAGCAGGAUUUUUUCUCAUGAGUUUUUGUUUUUUGCUUGCCAUAUUAUUGUAAACUUUUCUGUACUAAUCAGUUAAUGUAUUUUUGCUAGUAUCAUAUUUUAAAGAAACAUAAAACCUAACAAUAGUCUAGUAUGUAAAAAUAAUUAAAUUGUCCUUUACUGAAAUAUAUUUCCCAUUUCUGUGGGGAGAAGAAGCCAAAUUUAUUAUGCUGUUUGGAUUUUUUUAAAUAUUAAUAAAUUAGUUAUUGUAUGCAAUACAAUA